AUGUCUCGACAAUGCUUUAAGUGUACAGAAGCUGUUACUGCUAAAAAAGAUAAAAAGUUGAAUUUGAUGUUUCAUUUGACGGAGGGUGGUAGAGACCAUGCUGAUGUGAUGAAAAUAUUGAAACAUUUGACAGAGGAUAUUGCCGACAAGGAUGUUCUUAAAAUAACAAGACUCAGUAAAAAAGAUAAUAGUACGAUAAGACCAGUGUUAAUAAAAUUAGAAAAUGCAAGUGUUAAAAAUUCAAUAAGGAAAAAUGUUUAUAACCCUGAUGAGUUAUCCCGUGUAGGACUGAGUCACGGUUUGACAAAAGAACAAAGGCAGGAGAAGAAACGCUGGUGGCUAAGGCUAAAACAAAAAAGUCAACGGAUAAACGGGGUUUUUUGUACAAAGUGA